AUGACCUCAAGAAGUAGUGACCUCAAAAUUCAAAAUAGACCAAAUAAAAAACUUACAACACGAUCGAAGCUUCCGGUUGCUUGGCUGAGAGUGGACACUCAAACAAUUCUUACUAUUCACGACCACGUAAUAUCGAGGAGCAGAAGAGUGGGCGUUACCCAUAGUGACCACCGUACCUGGUUCCUCCACAUAAGAGAACUGCGGGAGACGGACAGAGGGUGGUACAUGUGUCAAAUAAAUACAGAUCCUAUGAAGAGUCAGUUGGGAUAUUUAGAUGUGGUGGUGCCACCCGACAUUUUGGAUCGAGGAACGAGCACCGAUCAAACUGUCCGUGAAGGUGCUUCAGUUAGUCUGACAUGUGCUGCAAGUGGAUCUCCACACCCCCAAAUAAUUUGGAGACGUGAACAUUCUAAGCUGAUAACAUUUUCAGACGGAAUACAAGUUCCCCCUGUUAUAACAAUACGAAAUCAACUGGUGGGUGCCAUAUUGGGCUCAGAUUUAGUACUGGAGUGUGAAACGGAAGCUUACCCCAAGCCAGUUAGUUACUGGAGCAGAGAGACUGGGGAGAUAGUACCUGUGGGUGACAUUGAGUUGGAAAUAAAUUAUGUGCGUAUAAUCAUAGUAAUAAACAGAUUCUCAGAUGAAAGAGAAUUUUUCUGA